AUAAAUAGGCAGUCGAGUGGGAGAGGUUAACACAGGUAUCGAACAGAGGAUCAGAGCUGAGUCUGCUUUUUUAUUUCUUGGCUGAAGGGUACAGCAUGUCCGAAAUGCUUGACAAUCUCAUCACAAAGAGCUUUCUCAACCUGGCCCCAGAGGAUGCCUUGCUCCCCACGCACUCUCAUCUCCCAGGGCAGAGUCGGCUGAACAGGUCAGCCUCCUUCUUUUGUCCCCCCUCCCCACCUGCCCUCUCAAGCCACAGCUUGAGCUCUGAGCACAUUAACAAUGACGACACCAGCAGCCCUUUCUGGUCAUCCAACAUUUGGAGUCAGGCCCCUAUCUCCAAACCCAAACAGCCCCCCUUCAGGCCUGACCGUUCCAUGAGCCUCACUGAGUCCAGCAGCACCCUGCUUUCCUCCUUUGGACACAUGAAGAAUCUGGAUUCUUUCCCCUCAGGCCCUGCUACCACUGUGGCUCCUCCACCAGGGUUCCCUCCCUCAUCCAGCCUCCCAGCCCAGGUCCCUCCACUGCUGUCCUCUAACCGUUACAAGACUGAACUGUGCCGUGGCUUCCAAGAAACUGGCAGCUGCAAAUAUGGCAGUAAAUGCCAGUUUGCCCAUGGCGAGGACGAGCUACGUGGACUGUACCGCCACCCCAAGUACAAGACAGAGCCCUGCAGAACCUUCUACAACUUUGGCUAUUGCCCCUACGGUUCACGCUGCCAUUUCAUCCAUGAGGAGAAAAUCAGCGGGGGUCCAUUACCAACUGGCAAAUUCCAGAGUCCCCGGCAGACAGCUCCCACAGUGACCAGUGGUCAGAACCCUCGCCAUCAGCUCCGCCAGAGUGUCAGCUUUGCUGGUUUCCUGGGCUCACGCAGCUCCCCUCCUCCAUCAUUCCCUGCAUCCCUCAUCGAUCCUAACCUGGGCUUCAGUCGUGCCCCUUCUGUUUCUCCACCUCCAGCUGAUCUCCUUUCCCCCGUAUUCAGUGAAUCUCUGCAGCGAGAGGCAGCAGCAUUCCAGUUUGGUCAGAGUCGUGCCAGUACUGGAGACAUCCACAACAUUCCUCUCAUCCUGGAACCAAAGGCCUCACGCUGUGUGUGCGGCCAUGGAAAUAAACAAUCUGCCCUGAACAGCAGAGUCUUCCCCAGCAUGGAGGAUGGGCACUACCAAGACAGCAGCAGCAUGCUGUUGCAGGGUCCUGGAGGUCACAGUGGAUUCAUGAAAUCUGCUGGACUCCAGCGUUUCUCCUCUGAAGAUUCCCUGGAGGACAGCUACAGCAGCAGCAGUGGAGGUUCCAGCGGCACCGAGUCUCCAACAUUCGAUGGAUCAUCCACCAAGAGGCUCACUGUGUUUGAACGUCUCUCCCUGUCUGACUAAGUGGAUCUAAAGGGAAACAUUGGAAGAGAUGUGACACUUGGUUAGCAGUGUCAAUCUGGACUUUUCAGACACUUUAAGUACUUAAUUUAUGUUAGUAAAAAGGAACAUGUUGUGACAAACUACACAUAUGGAGAUGAUUUUAGUACACAGUUAUUAUCAGACUCUAUUUUUUAUACUUAAAAUAGUGUGUAGCUGAUAAGACCUUUGUAUAUGGUCUUCCAUAAGAAUUAACUCUGCAGGUCUUGACAGCACCAGUUAAUUGGUCUGGUUUAUUGUUGACGUAAAACUGUACUGAUCAAAAUGGCUUAGUGAUAAUCAGUAGUUCUUGUGCCUUAAAGACUCCCUGCCUCAUGGGCUUUUCACUCACAGUGCCAUCCAUGAACAGUAUGUUUGAUUCAGUAGCCUUAAUCACAGAGACCUGACAUGUGUCAUUGAUGCCUUUUUAUCUGUGUUAUGCACUUUACAGCUAAUUCAAACGGGAGAAACUGUCAUGUCUCCCAGUAGCAUUCAACCAAAGCUUCAUACUUCACUCUGCUCUGUAUGUGUGUGUACGUAUGUGUAUAUAUAUGCAUGUGUGAGCGCGUGUAUGUAAUCUUGUCAUUUUCUGAGACCUGGGGUGCAAUGGAAAUGGAAAUCAGAUCAAAGAGUGCAAAUAGUAAAUGGUGUCAGUAUGUUUAGAUCUGAUUGACUGACCCAUUUAUUACCCACAGAUUUAAUUCUGUAACACAUUUUGUCAUUGGGUUUGUGAACCCACCCCACUUUUAAUGUGCCCUGUUUGUUUGACAUCAUGGUUCAGGGACUGUAACACCGCAGUAUUCCUUUUGGUUAUUGGUUGCCUUGCAUUGUUUAACUUAAACUAAUAUGUAUUUAUUAUGAUAUUUAUUUGUGUUCAAAGAUAAAAAUGUAUUUUGUACUUUAUUUAUGGAGAAUUAUUAACAUCUGUGAAAUAUCAAUGUGAGAAAAAGCAGUAAAAAAGAGAAUCUUAUAUUUUUAAUCGUCUGAAAUGGACAAAAUAAAUUUCUGAAUAAAGAAAUGAAUGUA